UACUUCCAUUGCCAGCUGUUAUCAUUUGCCUUACUGUUGACAAAUUCAAAUAUAAUAUCUAUCGUUUUCCAACAACUACUUGCAUCAGCAAUGGUGCCAUGUGGUUCUACUCUACCACACUUCCAAUGGAUGUACUAUUUGCUGCUGGAGUUAUAAUGCUGAUUAUAGUUCUUUGGACUAUGAGAAAUAAAACAAAUUUCUUGAAAAAGAAAAAUUGUACUGAGCUUAGCACUGCUGAGAAGAAAAUCCUAUUGGUUUUUACAACUUAUACUAUUUUUGGCGUUUUCAUAUUUGGGUAUGUCAGUGACAUAACAGCAAAAUCUGGCAAGUUUGAAGCAGCUUUAAGAGAAUACUUUGAAUGUGAAGCAUUUGGUCAUGUUCCUGGAAAAUGUGACAGAGGAACAUUUGAUAAAAUCUACAAUCCAUACAUGAGUGUCACUGCAUACAUGCUAAUGAGUUUGAUACCAUUGAGCGUUUUGCACUUCAUACUGAAGUGGAGGUCGGUUAAAAGCACUGGAAAUAAAGCCGUAAAAUUGACAAAGAGGUAUUCAAGUUUUUUGUAUCGUGGAAAAAAUUCUUUCACAACUUCCUCUAUAAGUGUUGCCGAUGAGUUAUCGUCAAAAUCAGAUAAGAGUGCAGAAAUAAGUCAAGACACUGCUGUAUAAUUUGAAAGUGCUCUUGGAAAUUUAUCAUCAAAAUCAUAACAUAAAGACAAGAAAAUAAGUGCAUAAUUUGACUUUUA